CUUCGCUUUAAUAAAUGAAAACUGUUCAUCCAAAAAAUCAUUUAGAUUCUACAAAAUUACAGUGGUAACUGACAAAAUUACUAAAUCGAUUAGACGUUCUAUAAUGUCAUCAAAUACAAUUAGAACAAAUAACAAGGAGAAUUAGUACCAUGUUGCCAAAGCUAGUUACAAGUCUUCUCUGCGUGGCAGUUGUCAUGCUCAUCACUGAUUUUAAUGAUGCCAUCGUCUUUAAGUUUACGAAUGUCGAGUGCCUGAGCCGCAAUCAAUCCUGGUUUGUGUUCCACUAUUGUCGUCUAAAGGCGAUCAGUCGUGAGAAGGUCUUUCUCAACGUAAAUGGAACUGUUCUACAUUCGGUCAAUAAUAUAAAAGUUCAUGUCAAGCUGCUUAAAAAGGCCAAUGGAUUUAAGCCUUGGUUACUAGAUGUGAAAAUCGAUGCGUGUCGCUCUUUGGAGAACAACUUUCAUCCUUUCGUUAGGAUUAUAUUCGAUCUAUUCAAGGAUUUCUCCAACAUAAACCACACGUGUCCAUUCGUCGGCCUCCAAGUUGUGAAGGAUUUUUAUCUCAGGCCCGAGUUAUUAAAGCUGCCCUUUCCGUCUGGAGAGUAUAUGCUAACUCUACUGUGGUUUUUCGACAAAAAGAUCCAGUUCGAUACCAAUGUUACUUUUAUUUAUAAAGAGGAUCUCAUUAACUCAUAAGCAUACAUCAAAACAAAAGAAAACUCUGUGGUCGGGUUUCUCGACUAACUGAUACCCAUUACUCAGCUAGAGGGAACGCAAGGCGGUUUUGUUUAACUCUGCUAUCAAAUCUAAGCAAAUAUUUUCCAAAAAACCAAAUAAACCAUAAUUAUUUUCAGUGUAUAGCUACUACCAAUG